AUGCAAUCCCUCCUCGCAACCUCCCGCAUGGCCGUCGGCCUCGGCUUCCUCACCAUCCCCAAACACGUCGCAGCCCUCUUCAACAUGCCAUUCAGCCCGGAAGCCUCAAUCGGGUGUCGAAUGGCAGGGUCCCGCGAUAUUAUUCUCGGCGCUCUGCUGUAUACCUGCUAUUCGAAGCAAGGUUACCGCGGUACCGCAGUCGAGAGGCCGAAGAAUGGUGACCAACAUGAACAGCAUGGCUGGACAGAUACGCAGCGCGCGCUGCUCGCUGGUGUAGUAGUCGAUGCACUGGACGUUUUGGCUUGUUGGUGGUGUUAUUGCGAUGGAGCGUUGCCACUUACGCCGGCGUUACUUCUUGGUGGUGGUGCGGCGGUUCUCUGUGAUAUUGGGGCUUAUUGCUUGUAUGUGCAGAGCCGUUGA